GUUGUGUAAUUGUUACAGAGGGGGAUUAUAGAGAAGAAUUGGUUAGAAGACAGACGUUUUCCAUAUUCAGUGGUUCUAACAGGAAAGCAGCCUAGUUCGUUAUGGAAGGAGAAGAACCUCAGAGGCAAAAGGUUGGAUUUUUCUAUGGACGUUCGAUUUCGAUUUUGCUUGAAGCGGCGGCCUCAGAUGAUCUGAUCAGCUUCAGACGUGCUGUAGAAGAAGAGGGUUCUAACGUCGACGAGACCAGUUUCUGGUAUGGAAGACUGAUUGGAUCAAAGAAAAUGGGUUUUGAAGAGAGAACUCCUCUCAUGAUCGCUGCCAUGUAUGGAAGUAUUGAGGUGUUGGCUUACAUCCUUGAAACAGGCCGUGUUGAUGUCAACAAGGCUUCUGGUAACGACGGUGUUGCUGCCCUUCACUGUGCUGUUACUGGUUUUUCUGCUUCUUCGGCUGAGGUUGUCAAGCGGUUGCUUGAUGCAUCUGCUGAUGCUAGUUCCCUUGAUGCUAAUGGGAACCGACCCUGCGAUCUGAUCCCUCCGGCUCUGAAGUCUUCCUCCUACAAUUUAAGAAGGAAAACACUGGAGAUGAUGUUGAAAGGCGUUGGUUGUGUUGAGGAUGGAGUGGUUUCUUCUGAUGAAACUGAACAGCAACAACAAUUGCAGACACCCCAAGCUCCGAAAGAUCAAACCGAGAAGAAAGAGUACCCAAUUGACCUAUCCCUCCCAGACAUAAAGAAUGGGAUCUAUGGAACUGAUGAGUUCAGGAUGUAUACCUUCAAGGUGAAGCCUUGUUCGAGGGCUUACUCUCACGACUGGACUGAGUGCCCAUUUGUUCAUCCAGGGGAGAACGCAAGGCGCCGUGACCCAAGGAAGUAUCACUACAGCUGUGUCCCUUGCCCAGAGUUCCGCAAGGGGUCAUGCCGGCAAGGGGAUGCCUGUGAAUAUGCCCAUGGUGUUUUUGAGUGCUGGCUUCACCCAGCACAGUAUCGAACCAGGCUCUGCAAAGAUGAAACUGCAUGCGCCCGAAGGGUCUGCUUCUUUGCUCACAAGACUGAAGAGUUACGCCCCUUGUACCCAUCGACUGGGUCAGCGGUGCCAUCACCCCGAUCAUCUGGUGUUGGCUUCUCUUCGAUGGACAUGGGGUCGUUGAGCCCUCUGGCGCUUGGCUCCCCUUCUGUCCUUAUGCAUCCUACUUCCACACCACCAAUGUCACCUUCUGCAACUUGUUCCUCUCCCAUGGGGGGUGCACUGUGGCAGAACCAACCUAAUCUUGUGCCACCAACCUUACAGCUGCCUGGGAGCCGGUUGAAGUCCACUUUGAAUGCCAGAGAUUUGGAUUUGGAACUUGAAUUGCUUCGGUUAGAGGGACAUCAUUCCCACCAACAGCAGCAGUUGAUGGAUGAGAUCUCUACCCUCUCUUCUCAAUCCAGCUGGAGCAAUGCAUUGGCCACAGCAGCAGCCUUGGCUGCAUCAUCUGGUGGCAGAACCACAGACUAUAGUCGGCUUGGUGGGGUCAAGCCUACUAAUCUUGAAGAUUUGUUUGGAUCUCUCGAUCCUUCAAUGUUGUCUCAAUUGCAGGGUUUGUCACUAAAUGCUCCUGGUUCUCCCCAGUUGCAAUCUCCAUCUGGGUUCCAGAUGCGCCAGAACAUGAACCAGCAGCUCCGGUCCAGCUAUCCAUCCAACUUGUCCUCCUCUCCAGUGAGGACAUCAUCAUUCGGGCUCGACUCAUCGGCAACAGCGGCAGCCAUUAUGAAUUCGAGGUCUACUGCCUUUGCGAAGCGGAGUCAGAGUUUUAAUAAUCGGAGUCCCGUCAGUCGUCCUGCCGGACUUAUGUCGUCAACUCUUUCAGAUUGGAGUUCACCAGAUGGGAAGCUGGACUGGGGUGUUCAAGGAGAGGACCUUAACAAGAUGAGAAAAUCAGCAUCAUUUGGGUUCAGAAACAGUAGCAACAACAAUGGUAUGGCUAUGAUUGGAGCAGCCUCCGCAGUUGAAGAACCAGAUUUGUCAUGGGUGGAUCCUUUGAUGAAGGAUCCCCUGCCUGUGGGUGAGCAGAAACAGAACCAGUAUCAUCUCAACAGUGGGAGUUCUGAUAUGCCAUGGGUGGAGCAAUUGUACAUGGAUCAGGAGCAGAUGGUGGCUUAUUGAACAUGGGGCCCAAAUCCUGCCACUCGUUCAAGUUACCUAAGUUCUUUCUUUUGUCUUUGUUUUUUGAAAUCUUUAUUAAUAUUCGUUACAUGUAGUUAGGGCCCAAAGGGCGAAACUUGAAAAAGAAGAACAGUAGCAGGAAGAUAAGGUUUCCUGCUCCUAGUUUAAUCAGGUAAAUCUAGCCUCUAGGAUUGAAGAAAGGGUUUUUGUUGGAACUUGGAACUAGCAGAGGAAAGAACAAUGAAUUCUUUUUGUUGUGGGGGGUGGGGGGUUGGUUUGCAUUCUUUUGUGGGUUAUAUAUUUUUAGGUUGGAAGACUCUGAAGGUAGGGGUCUUUUUCCUGAGAAGACCAAAGGUGUAGGGGAUGGAAAUCUGUAACCAGAUGGGAAGUCUUUGUAUAAACGUCCUAAUCAACUAUUGUUUAUAUCUUUUUAA